AUGUUACAUCUAGAACACUCUUGGAGCUGGCUGGCGCUCGCCGUCGCUGCGCUUCUGGGUCCGAAACCCUCAGCCUGCGGCCCUCCACCUGACCCCCGGCCCAACAUCCUCCUUCUGAUGGCGGACGACCUCGGCAUUGGAGACGUCGGUUGCUACGGCAACACCACCAUCAGGACUCCAAACAUCGACCGCCUUGCGGCAGAUGGCGUGAGGCUCACCCAGCAUCUGGCCGCCGCCCCUGUGUGCACCCCAAGCAGAGCGGCGUUUUUAACAGGCAGAUACCCACUCCGAUCAGGUAUGGUUUCCAGUCAAGGUCACCGUGUUCUUCGGUGGACAGCAGUCUCUGGAGGAAUUCCGCCCAGUGAAAUAAGUUUUGCAAAAAUACUGAAAGAUAGAGGCUAUACCACCGGACUCAUAGGAAAAUGGCAUUUGGGUCUCAACUGUGCGUCUGCCAACGAUCACUGCCACCACCCGCUCAAUCACGGCUUCGACUAUUUCUAUGGAAUGCCGUUCAGCAUGAUGGCAGACUGCGAGCGCUGGGGACUCUCCGAGAAGCGUGCGGUCCUGGAGCGUCGACUUGGCGUCUGUUCCCAGCUCGUGGCCUUGGCCGCCCUCACACUCACAAUCGGGAAGCUCACCCACCUGAUCCCAGCCUCCUGGACUCCGGUCAUCUGGUCAACCGUCGUGUGCCUCCUGCUCUUCACCACCUCCUGUGUGGUGGGCGCCCUGAUCGUGCACGCGGACUGCUUUCUGAUGCGGAAUCAUUCCAUCACAGAGCAGCCCAUGCGCUCUCAGAGGACGACGCCACUCAUGCUCCAGGAGGUCUCAUCCUUCGUCAAAAGAAACAAGCAAGGACCUUUCCUCCUCUUUGUGUCCUUUCUACACGUCCACACCCCGCUUGUCACGACUGAGAACUUCCGUGGGAGGAGUCCCCAUGGGCUUUACGGGGACAACACAGAAGAGAUGGACUGGAUGGUGGGCCAGAUCCUCGAUACUUUGGACACAGAAGGGUUGACCAACAGCACCCUCGUUUAUUUUACAUCGGAUCACGGGGGAUCCUUAGAGGCUCAGUCUGGAAACAACCAAUAUGGUGGCUGGAAUGGGAUAUACAAAGGUGGCAAAGGCACGGGUGGCUGGGAAGGCGGGAUCCGGGUCCCGGGGAUAUUCCGGUGGCCUGGGGUCCUGCCGGCCGGCCGCGUGGUCCAUGAGCCCACCAGCCUGAUGGACGUCUUCCCCACCGUGGUCCACCUGGCAGGUGGCCAGGUGCCCCAGGACAGGGUGGUGGACGGCCGGGACCUGCUGGCCCUGCUCCAGGGGACCGCGCAGCACUCGGAACACGAGUUCCUCAUGCACUACUGCGAGAGCUUUCUGCACGCCGCCCGGUGGCAUCAACGCGACCGAGGUGCAGUGUGGAAAGUCCACUUCGCGACCCCCGUCUUCCAGCCGGACGGCGCACGCGCCUGCUACGGGCAGGUGGUGUGCCCCUGCUCCGGGGACGGGGUAACCCAGCACGCCCCACCGCUGCUGUUCGACCUGUCCCGAGACCCUUCCGAGGCCCACGCCCUCACGCCGGACACGGAGCCCUCGUUCCACCGGGUGGUGGAGACCGUGGCCCGGGCCGUGGCGGCCCAUCGCCGGACGCUCAGCCCGGCUCCGCUGCAGCUGGACGCGGCGGACAACACGUGGAAGCCGUGGCUGCAGCCGUGCUGUGGUCGGUUUCCCUUCUGCUGGUGCGAUCGGGACGCGGACCCACGAUAG